GCCGCAACCACUGGCGGCCCGACCGUCAACACUGAAGAGGCACUCCUGGAGAAGGCUCUGGCGAUGUCUUUGGAAACCGAUGAGGAGAGGAACGCCGGUGUGAAGCCACCGGUGAGCGCCUCGUCAGCGAUGCCUAACUUCGCCACAAUGUCCGAAGAGGAACAGAUCGCGUACGCAAUGCAAAUGUCUUUACAGGCAGCGCACGAAUCCAAACCCGUGGACUCUCCCGUCCCGAUGGAAACGGACGAUACGGAAGACAAAAGCGACGGCAAAGAGAAGUGACAAUUGAUUGGUGGAUAUGAGUAUGAAAUGGAGUUUUAGGUUCACUUUAUUUAAUGGUUAAUAAAAACAAAAUAAAAAUUGAUUUACAUUUUUAUAAAAAUAAAUUCAUUUCUUCUCAAUUGGAUUCCCAUUUAUUGAUAGAAAUGUUUGUAAUUAUGUCUUUUGUGUUGAUAACAAUUCGAGUGAAUUUUAAUUUAAUAAAAAUUUAUAAU